AUGCCCUUGCCAAGUCUCCCAGACGUUGAUAGUCUGGCGCGAGAUCUUGGACUGCGAAUCAAUGAAGAACUCCCUGGGAUUCUCAGACAGCUAUUCGACAACCGGGUCGAUCUCGCCGACGGACAGCUCCAUCUAGAAUGCAGCCUGCAGAGCGGACAGAGCUUACCCGGGAACAACCGUCAUACCGUUAAGGUAGCAACGAUAGAUAUUGCCACCGCUGUCGGAACUCCAUCCGAUGACCAGACCCCUGGUGGCGGCGAGGAGAUAGCGGGCUUUCGGCCAGACAACUCACGGCCGUCCCCGAGCAAAGGUGAGAACGGCUCCCCGGGGCGUACGUUUAGACCUAGGCGGACAACGACAUCCUACUCUGAUGACUUGGACGACUCGCGACCGGCUAAGCGCCGAGCCACCGGAGGUCUUCGAAUUGGAGGUGCAGGCACUGCGGAUGAUGCCGCCAAUGCCGUGACUCGGAGACUAGAAAGCGAUAAUAGAGUGUUUCCACAGAGGAAGAAGAAGCUACCAGACAAUCCAAACCUACAGCCUUCGACUCUGGACAAGUUCAUUUGCGGUGUCUGGGAGAGCAUAUACUCUGGCAUUCGCAUGGAUCCCACAGAGGUCAUUGAACAGUGGCAGGCCAUAGAAUCGAGUGGCCAACCCAAGCUGCUAAUGGAAGCAGAAAGCGAGAUUGCCGCGCGGGAGGACUCCAUGGUCCAAGGAAUGUUCAGUCGCAUCAACAUCCUCACUCGAAAGAUCAGUCAGACUAGCCGGACCUGUAGAUCACUGGAGGUCAUCGUGCAAGCGCACUGGGUGCAAGCAUUUGACGACAGGGUAGCGGAACUCAGCACGGGCAUGACGAAAGAAAAGGCGAAGAAAACAGCGAUUGCAGAGGCCUGUAUUGACUUCAACUGGAGUGAAAAGGAGCUAAGAAACAAAACGGGGAUCUGGCGUGGCUACCAUGACAUCAAGAGUGCAGGAGGAUGGGCCGCCUUGGUUUUCGCCGGUAUGGGGCUUUACCGUUUCUGCAAAUACCGAGUGUCAUUUACCGAAGAGACAUUUCAGACGCUCAGAGCUCUUCGGCAUCGGUUCGAAGUCGCAGCCGACACUCUUCAUCCACGCUGGCGCUCCCUGCUGGCCAUAGUCGGCGAAGCUACCGAAAGGAAGUAUCACGGCCAUCCGCACGACUGGGUGGUAUGUGGCCCAGCGGAAGAGGCAUUACCACUGGCCACCACAUAUCAUCAAUGGGACAGAGAUUUCAGCUACACUCAUCUGACUGAGUCUACGAUUGACGAAGACACAUGGGGCCUCUACGAUCCACGUACAGUUGUGGCCGCCGCUGAUAUUGCAUCUCGGAAGUGCCAGACCUGUGGCGAUUACCAAGCAGAUGAUCCUCGACAAAACAAUUGCAAUUGUUUCCCGAACCUCUAUGGCAGUUCGAAAGCCGGCUUUGUUCCACUACAGGUUUUCAGGACUCCUAACGGCAAAAAUAAUGGCCUGCUAGCCUGCUGUGAUUUUGAACGAGGCGCUGCUGUUGGCGAAUUCGUAGGCCAAAUCACUUCUGGAUUGGCCAACCUUGAUGUAAUGGUUGGGCAGACCGACCGAGCGUCGUAUCAGAUUUGGCAAGGACGUCAAGGGAAUUACACGCGGUUCGUCAACCACUCGUGCCAGCCGAACAGCCAGUUUGAGAGAUUUGUCUGGCUCGGCACGCAGCGCAUUGUACUGGUGUCAAAAGGCAUUGAAGCGGGCGAGGAAAUCACUGUCGACUACUCCGAUACGUACUGGAAGAAUCUCGACAAGGAGUGUUUGUGCGGACAAGCCAAGUGUCGCUAUCGGAAUAGAUCUCGGAAUCUACUUCACUCUCCGGAGCCAACCUAG